CAGAGAGGGGAACGCAGCAAACCUCGUUCCACCAGCCCCGGCAGAUUUCUCUCUGGAACACUUUGGUGCUUGGGAGAAGAAAACUCAUCAAAAGCGGUCAAGAUGGCGAUGGACAUGACCGAAAAAGAGAUCUUAAAAAUGCAAAUAGACCAACUGAAAAAGGAAACAAAAACUGAAAGACACUUGAUCUCCAAGACAGCAAAAGAAAUCAAGGAGUAUAUAGAUGCCAAUGCUGCAGAAGACCCUCUCUUAAAGCCCAUCCCAGAAGACAAGAACCCAUUUAAGGACUUGAAGGGAGGCUGUACAUUAAGCUGACCCC